AUCAAUUUCUCCCUCAAUUGGAUCAAAUCAUCAGAGGCUCGCGCACGACACGAUAUACUAGGCGUGCUGGUUCACGAGGUCGUGGAUUACUAUCGGUACAAUGCAAAAGAGACAUGUCCAGGGUGUCUUAUCGAGGUGUGCACGUUUUGA